AUGUUCCUCUUGCGAAUGAUUCUGUUUGCCAUUUUUUUGGGAAUUUGUGCUGGACAUCCAGCAAAUCGUGGAAAACCGAUACCACCUGUUCUAAAAUCUGAAGUCCUUCUUCAGAAAGGCUACGAUAGAGAAACAAUUGCAAAGCGAUUAAAAGCCUGGAAGCCUGAAGACAAACAGAACAUUUGGGAAUUGAGUGGACUUCACGAGGGAGAUAUAAUAUUACCUGCUCCUGGACUUGCAAAUAAAAAUGGACUUCUAAACGAUAAUUUAAGAUGGACCGAUGGAGUCGUACCUUAUUUUCUCAAAGAAGAAGAUUUUGAAAAAGAAGAAAUUGCUGUGAUAAUGGGAGCCAUUAAAGAAUAUCACAAUAAGACGUGUCUCCGUUUCCGGCCGUACAAGGAGAGCGACCAGGAUUACGUUACGGUGCAAGGCUCAGAUUCGGGCUGUUGGUCCUCGGUAGGGCGUCAACGGAAAGGACAAAUUCUCAAUUUGCAGACACCAAAUUGCGUUCGGCACGGAGUCGCUGUUCACGAAUUUAUGCACGCUAUAGGAUUUUUUCAUCAACACAGUGCUGCUAAUCGUGACAAUUAUGUCACCAUUCAUUGGGAAAAUAUUGAACCUGGUAGAGCACACAAUUUCAAAAAAUUCGAUAAUGAUACUGUUACUGAAUUUGGAGUCGAAUACGAUUAUGGAAGUGUGAUGCAUUACAGCGCCUUUGCAUUUUCAAAGAACGACGAACCCACAAUCGAACCAAAGAUGAAGCACAUAACUAUAGGUCAGCGACGUGGCCUUAGUGAUAAAGACAUCGCCAAAGUUGAGAACAUGUAUAAACCACACUGUGAAAAACGUCAGGCGAAAGAAGAUGAAUCAGACUAUGAUUUAGAUUUGUGGUUUCUUGACUGA